AUGCCUCCCUCGACGCUCUGCUCAGCAAAGGCUUCCUACAAAAAAUUGCCAGGCUUGCUCCAGCUCACUGCGUCGCACCUUCAAUGGACUCAGGAUGGAAAGAAGGCUCCAUCAGUUCGCGUCGCUCAUGUUGACGCCGCCUCUCUCUUCUCGAGCAAGGAGGGAGCCGCCCAAGUCAGGCUGAAGAUCGGUCUUGUUGGUGAUGAUACAGGCCACAACUUCACCUUUACUUCUCCACAACCUGUCGCGCUUACGGAGCGCGAAGCUUUCAAACGCGAACUCACAACCAUCAUUGGGAGGAAUCGUAGCAUCCAGGACGCUGCCGCCCCCCAGGCGCCCGCUAGUGCAUCUGUCACCCCUUCUGCAGUCUCCCUAUCACGCCCAAAACUAUUUCCGUCUUCUCACCCAUCUAGUUCUCGCGCCGCGUCCGUGUCGAGUGACGCCCGUACUCCCGGGACUCCUAUCAACGAUCCUAUCAACGAUUUCCGUUUACGAAAGAAGGUCCUCGUGAAUAAUCCCGAACUUGCCGCGCUGCAUCGCGAGCUGGUCAUUACGGGCCAGAUCACAGAAGCUGAGUUCUGGGAUGGACGAGAACAACUUCUUCUCGCUCAAGCAGCGGCGGAGUCUCAGAAACGAGGGCGGCCUGGUCAGCUAGUCGACCCAAGACCGCAGACCGUAGACGGUGGCGAAAUCAAGAUCGUCGUCACGCCACAGUUGGUACACGACAUUUUUGAAGAAUACCCGGUUGUUGCCAAAGCCUAUGACGAGAACGUUCCGAAUAAACUAUCUGAGGCAGAGUUUUGGACACGAUAUUUCCAGUCGAAGCUUUUCAAUUCUCACAGAGCAUCCAUCCGGUCAACAGCGACCCAGCAUGUUGUCAAAGAUGACCCCAUUUUCGACAAAUAUCUGGAGAAACCAGAUGAUGAGUUGGAGCCUCGACGUCAGAGAGAUGGUGAUGUAGAGAUGUUCCUAGAUCUUGGGGCAACCAACGAAGAUCAUGGGGAGGCUUGGAAUGAGAAAGAUAUCACUAUGCAAGCAGGAAAGCAAAGAGGUGCCCUGCCACUCAUCCGAAAAUUCAACGAGCAUUCUGAGCGAUUGCUCAAGUCAGCAAUGUCGGAAGGUCCUUCGGCAAAAAGAAGACGGAUAGAUUCUGCAGACCCUUGGAAUUAUUACUCACAAAUAGAUCUUCAAGACCUACACGAUCCUAAAGCCUCAGCGGGUAUCUUGUUAGAGAUGAAAGACGGACACAGAUACUUCGAGGGACGAACAGGAGUAACUAGUGCAGCUGAACAAGAUGCACGGGCAUCUGUAGACUUUUCAGCUGCUCUUCGAAUGGCAAGGAACGAUCUUCAAGAAUGGAAUAGGAACCUUGGGCAGUUGAAGAUUGAGCGAAAAUCAGGCGACGCAGCGCUGCUUUCAAUGACUGAAAAUGUAGCCACUCGUCUCGAUGUUAAAUCGCACAAAAACGACAUCCCUGAAGACAUUUUCAGUCAGAUGCGCACCUGUCAAACGGCCGCCAACGAAUUUCUACGACAAUUUUGGUCCUCGAUCUACCCGUCCGCGAACGAGCAUCAGCUCGCGCCUGCUACGCCCGCACAGAAGAACGCCAAGGCCACGCGCAUGGUGGGAUACCUUGUCAAGACACCCCAAAAGGUCGACGCCAUCGUGACUGCGGCCCACCGUGCAGGUGUAGAUCGGAGCAAGAUCACAGUCGCGAUGAAACCUGUGUUGGACGCCGUCGACAAGGCGCUGACAUUCUGGAGCACACGCAAGGUCAAAUGAUGAUGCAUGGACUUCUCUUCGUUCGUUCUUCCAGCGAGUACGCAUUGUUGACGUAUCUUCAUGCGCGAGGUUUUAUGCCUAUGCCUGCGAUGACCUUAAAGUAUAUUACACACGUAUCAUCAUAUUUUGAAGAACACGGACUUUUGAAAGAAAUGUUGCGCUUCGCCAAAUAUUCAGCACUUGCAAUCGUCUAGUUCUC